CAGUCAAUUGAGUUGGAUCUUACCCCUACCCCACAAAGAUGAUCGGUUACCUGAAGGUCCUUCUGUUGGCAGCUCUCCUGGUCCUUAAUAUCGAUUCUGGAUGGUCUCAGUAUCCUCCCUAUCGGAAAUGCUUUAAUAAUGAAGGAUACUGUGCAUCAAUUCGGGCCAAAUGCAAGGAGAUAGGAAGUCGUAAUCUAUGUCGGCCAAGGGAAAAAUGCUGUAAGAGGUAGUACUUGCGGUCCUAACUUAAUGUUGCUAAAGAAGAUGCAGCCUUCAUUAAAAGUAAAAUGAAAACUCAAACUUUAA